GAAUAGCAGAUGGAAACAAAGACAUGACGUUAUGACUGUUCAUCGACUCAGCCAUUCCAAAUCCUUUGUUUUGCCGAUUUGUGUUCUGUUCUAAGUAGAAUAUAGCCUUGAAUGCUGGAAUUUAACUUCGUUUAGACUAUCGCUACGUUCAAAGUAUGGGGACUCAUUUUCUCUGCGAAUUGGAAAGCCUGGAUCUUCUAUAGAACAGGAUAGGAAAUCUUUGCAGAUAAUGAUGUCACGCCCUCUUCCAAGCUCCCCAAUCCGGCCAUGGUUAUAAGUGAGAGAGAGAGAGAGAGAGAGAGAGAGUGAGUUGUGAUUGUUUAAUCAAAGAUUGCAGUGGCAAAGUGGAAGAACACUGGAGGUCUGGAAAAGUGAUCUCACAAGAUUGAGAAGACAAUUAGCAUCGGAGAUGUUACUUCAGAUAGUUCUCUGAGCAGCAACAUUCCUGUAUGCCCUGUGUUUCCUGAAUUGUAGUCAGCAAUCUAUCAAUGAAGCAGUAUGCCCCCAACUGGAGUUUGGAAGAUCAAAAGAAACCCAUGGGGCUGGACAGUGAGCUUGUAGAACUGCUGUGGCAAGAUAUGCAUGUCGCCAUGCAUACCCAGAGUAAUCACGGAGCCUCUGCCAUCAAUGAUGAAUCCAAACCAGAACAAGAACCACAAUGCGAGCGGUCACUUGCUAGAUCCGCCGGCCUGAUCCAGAUCGACGAAACCGUGUCAUGGUUGCAGUACCCUCUCGACGACCCGCCAGCCAAAGAAUUCUGCUCCGACUUCUUCUCGGAAAUGGCGGGCAUCGGUGUCAUCGGUGUGCCCACUGAGAGCACUGCUUUCACAGCAACUUGUCCUCCUAGGCCACCACAGAGUUGUAACGCUCAGGCUUCUUCGUUUGGUGAUGGAGAUGCAAGCAUCUGCGGAAGUAAUCAGAUCCAUGCACAGGCUGAUCUGAGCAGGGAUUCUGCUGCCGCUGCUGCUAAAGGAAUGCCAUCAGAAACUGAGCAGAAACACGCAUAUGAAACUACUCUUACUUCAUCCUCGGGAGGUUCUGAUUGCAGCGUCAGAAGAAUGAGAAAGCAGAUUUUUGGAAGCAAUCGGAGUCAAAAGAGAAGGAAAAGAGAUGCGGAUGAUCGAGAAUAUCAAAGCGAAGAGGCUGAGAUCGAGUGGAUGGAGGCGAAGAAGCUGGCUCAGCGAUCGACGGCUACUCGUAGAAGCCGAGCUGCUGAGGUCCACAACCUCUCCGAGAGGAGAAGAAGAGACAGAAUCAAUGAGAAGAUGAAGGCACUGCAAGAGUUGAUACCUCGUUGCAACAAGACAGACAAAGCAUCAAUGCUGGAUGAGGCUAUUGGAUAUAUGAAGUCACUUCAACUGCAAGUUCAGAUGAUGUGGAUGGGAAGUGCCAUGGCACAAAUGAUGUUCCCAGGUGUCCAACAAUACAUGUCUCAUGCUUCUGUUCCUUGGAUGCAUCAUGCAGUUCAAGUACCAAGUGUGCCAGUUAUACACCACUCUGCAGGCUCAUACACAAACCAUUUAUGCCUUUCUCCAGCCCUGCAUGCAGCCAAUUUCCAGAAUCAGAUGCAGGGCUUCCAUCUCCAAGAAUCAUCAUAUGUCCCCUGCCAUGGCUUUCAUCAUCUUCAACCUCAUUCUCAGGAGACCAAUCCAUGCAGCCAUGGAUCACUCACAGAGCAGCAGAAUCAUCCAGCAGCUAUACCUUGUAGCAGCAUCCUCCCUUGUGCUGGACCAGCUCCUUGUGAAAACACCAAUGACAGCAUAUCUGAGUGAUUGCCAAUGUCAAAUUUCAACUCCAUACUUGGAGAGGACCCUGUGAGCUCUACACAGGCUUGCAAACAUGCUGAUCUUGAUGACCAAAUGGUGGAUGCAGUCAGUUAUGAUGUCCAGGGACAGUGAACCAGGAUGAAGCAGCAAAUGCCUCCUUGGGGGAGGAGAGCAGCAAAUCUUGAGAAUCCCACCCCAGUGUGCUUUAACAAAAUCCCCUCAGCAGCCACUAACUUUUGAAUAGGUCUGCAGACAGACCUAAUUGCACUCUGUUAUCUUCUCUAUUAUUUGAUGUUGGAAGCUUGAAAGAGACUGAUGGCAAUGAUAGGCCCUAUCCAGAGCAUGGCCUUAGUGUACCAAUUAGAUCUCAGAUUUUCCUUUUAUUGUUCUUCUUCUGUCACAAUCCAAUUUUCACUUUGAAACAUAGUGCUGUUUAAUCUUGUUACAUGCAGUUCUUGUUGCAGUCUCUUUCAAUCCACACUGGGAUUUUAAUCCAACAACAGGUUCAGAAGAUGGAACACCAGCAGAUUGAAGUGCAUGGGGAUUCAUUGCAAGUAUUGAAGACAGUUUCAUGGACUCUCAAUCCUUGAACGAUUAAUCUAUCAAAGUUGAGAAGAUCUAAGUCUAAUUUUCUCACAUGAUUAUGAUGAAGAGAACCAUACAACAGUUUCAUCAUAUCGUUGAAUUUUUUGGGGAAAUGUUAGCUACUGAGAUCAUAAGUGGUCUCCUGUAGAUAUAAUGUUCUGCGCAACAUUUAGCAGGCAUCAUUCAAAUAGCAAUCCUAUCAUUCUGCA